UACCGCACCUCGUUUGGAUUGCCGAUUUGCCGGCCGGCAGUCAAAAUAAUAAACAUAAACAAAAGCCACCUAGUAGUAGGUAGACGGUUUUUAAAAUAUAAAAUCAGUUUCCAAGUAAUUUUGAAGAUCUAAAUAUUUUAUAAUCGUAAAGCAAGGACAAUUAAUAAAAGUGUUUUCAUUAUUCAUUAUUGAGUAAUGCUGAUAGUCUAAUAGUGCUACGAUGUCUAAAAACCACAAUUACCUACAAUCAGCCCAAAAUGGAGACCUAUCGGCAGUGAAGUUCUAUCUUGAAUCGUGUUCCGACGAAGUGGAUGUUAAUUACCAAGAUACAAAGCUCCGCAGCGCCUUGCACCGGGCAGCGCUGUCCACCCGCAACUCCCACCAGAUGGUGAAGAUUUUGAUCGAAGGCGGUAUCGAUUGUGGUCUGAGCAACGAUGAGAACCAUACGGCAGCCGAGAUGGCGCGCCAUUUGGGGCGCGGUGAUCUGAUGCUGCUGAUGCUGGAAUGGGAAUUUCGUGGCGUGCCGAAACGUGAAAUUUUCUAUCAACUGCUACGGCGAAACAGUAUGGAGCUGGUGUGCGUCUAUGCGGUGAAUUGGAAGCUCCCGCACGAUGAAGCGAUUCGGUUAACGGAGGAAGCUUACGAAGCACUUCGCAUGAAAGGAGUGCAGUUGGAAGAGCAGACUCGGUUCGAAGUGCUUCAGGAGCUGGUCAAGUAUUACGGUGCAAAUCCGACAGCGUGCCGGGAUAUUCAGGAUAUUGUAAUGGGAACAGAUGAGCUGUUGGAGUAUAUCGAUUUUGUGUUGCAGAACACGGACGAGAACAAUCUGAACGAGACAAGCGGCGAAGUGCUGAUGGCAAUGCGAGAAAUCGUUAAGCAGGUUUUUCUGGGGAAGAGUCGGUACGACGAAGCGAUGAUGGAAGUUCAGCACUGUUUGUGCUGUUUUAUCGAUAUCUGUGAUGGUUUUGAAGGAGCAGAGGAUUUCUCAUUGAUUAUCAACAAAAAGUUGGUGCUAUGUUUUCUGUGUUUUGCAGCCAAGCAGCUUCGUUCUGGUGCUGGUAGGUUAUCUAGCAGGGAUAGAAAAGUACGCAAACUUUUAAGUAAAACAUUUACUCUGUUGAAAGAGUGGAAUUCGAUUCUGAAGAUAGUAUUUUACCUAACGGAAGCGUGCAAGCUUGAUCUGAAAAGUAUGAAUGAUAAAAUAAUGAAACAGCUAUUUAUGGAUAGAUGCAUACAAGUGGUUGGCGAAGCAAUCAAGAGUACCCAGUUUUCUCCAAAUCUUUCAAGAAGAAUGAUCAAAGCGUUCGAGUUUAUGGUUUCUGGAAAGACUGCGUCUUGUUACAGAAGCUUUCGUGAAUUUCACUCUCACGGUUACUCAGUGACUAAGUAUUUGUAUGAAAAAGAGAACGAUUUCAAGUCAUAUAUCGUUUUGCAGGAAAAUUUUAAAACCACGCUUACCUUCUUUGAGCAUGUGAAAUCGAUGAUGGUAAUCACAUUACAAAAACGUUGUGUCGGAUUAUUAUACAAGUUGAAAACAGUGAAGCAAAUACGUUCUUUAGCCAUGUUUAUCAACGAUAGAUUAAUCAAUAGCUCUGUGGAUCCAGAUACACUUCAGUUCUUCUACAGUGAAAAAAACGUCAUGAAAUUGAUCGGAAAUUUAAAAUGUCAACUAAUGGGAGAUUCAAAUACUUCAAAUGAUCUGACUGAAAUGGAGCAACUAUUGAAAUCACAUUUUGAGGAUAUGUAUAAAUUGGGCAUGAAACAUCUUCAUAUGGGCCAAAGCUUCAAAACAUGCUUUCAAGCCGCAAAGGCAUGCCGAAACACCACGGAUUUAAGAUCUAUGUUAAAAGUUUAUCUGGCACAACCCGGUAUUAAAAGUGCCAUAGAUUUCUUUGCUGGACAGCGCCGUUCAAUCGGCAUCCAAUUUCGUGUAUUGGCGAACACCAUUGUCGAACGCUAUGGUGAUCGGAAUGAUCAGAAAAUAUUGCAAACAGCUUUUCAACUGCUUUGCUUACUGGAUUGCGAGUCAGUCAAUGGGCUAGAUAACCUGCAUCUAAAACGAACAAAUUGUGCUUCGGAAGGUUAUGUGGAAAAAGUACUACGUGAGUCCGGUGCCUACGAACACUAUAAAGAAAUCCCACCAGAGAUUCGUCGAAAAUUACGUAAAAACGUAGAAACCAAUGUGUUUGAUGUUAAGACGCGUUUAGCCAUUCUCGCCUUACCGGAUAAUCCAAAGCUAUGUGCGUACCGCAAGGCACAAGAAGACGAAUUCCAAGCUGCUUUCGACCGAAAGGUCGCUACUUUGAAGAGUUUGUUGAUAAACUCCGCACAUCCAACUGGACGAAUGUACGAACAUCAGAUAACAGCUUAUAGUUUGUCAAUGAUUGCAAUUCAACAAGCACUUUUGGAAAUUUGCGAGAUUUGUCUUGGGGUGAAAGCCAUGCAGCGAAACUUACACCAUCUCGACCAUCGAAUACCUAUCGUAAGCGGAAAGAAUCUGCGAGACGGCUUGGCGCACGAUAUGACUAUGUAUAAUGUAAUUAGCGAAAGCUGGGCGCAUUACUUUUGCAAUGCUGUUUACUACGGAACUCUGUCUCUGAAGUUGUAUGAUAGUAAAGAUUGGCCUAAUCCAGUAAUCUACAAGCAACAAGGAUCCAAAAAAUUAUGUGACAAACUUCGUUGGUUCGAAAUGCAACGUAGGUUAUAUGAACAUUUGAAAGACAUGGAGAGUUUAGAGAUUGGGCCGAACAAAAUUGAUUCACCUGAUAUUCUCGGAACCAUUAGAGAGACAAAGGCCGAUUUUACGUUUCAUAAUAACAAUGCACUCUAUCAAGCCCUAAGGCAUAACGUUCAAACGUUUGUAGAUCAUAUAGAUGGUGAACGAUUCUCUAAAAACGCUCAGUACCUCAUACACGCAAGCAGCUCUUCAUUGAUUCCUCGUAAAACCCCAAAUCGCAUGAGUUUCCAUGAAAAAGUGCAGACAUUGCUGAGGACUACGCUAACAGUUGGAGAUUUCGGUUUGUAUCGAACAAUUUCUCAAAAAUAUAACGCCGCAAUAGCGUACGAUGCAGCGUUCAAGCUUAAUCCACAUGUAUUGGAUCACUUGAACAAUCUUAAUCUUACGCUUACCUCCCAAAUGUUACUCGAUUGCAUCACAUGUGGAAACUUAGCUUCAUUCGAAUGGCUCAUAGAGAAGCUCGAGCCAGAAACCAUCAGUUCGUGCUCUCCAUUACAAAAAGCACUGUGCCAUGCCCAACUGGAAAUGGCCAAAUCACUUUUGGAAAUUGUGACCCCCAAUCAGGACGAUGCAGAAUUAGCUGUUAUCUUCGAAUUUAACGAGAUUUUACCACGAAUUCUUCCUCACGUGAAGGACUUAAACUUGUUAUACUUAUACGCGGUGACAAGCGGCAAUCUAGAAGCAAUUAAAAUAAUGGAAAGAUCUUACCGUGUCAGAAUAGAUGACGAUAUUCUUCAUCAGAUUGCGAUAUACAAUCGAACAUCCAUACUGGAGCAUUUCCUUCAAGACGAUGAAUGGCGGAAACGGCUGUGCGAUAGUAAUGAACGUGAUCAAACACCACUGGAUAUAUUUGCUGCAACCGGGAACUACCUGGCUGUAAAAAUGAUUGCUCAACAUACUGAUAACGUGGCAAGUGCAAUACGAAGUGCAGCAGCCAACAAUCGCAAUAGAAUCGUGAAAUUCUUGCUGCGCUGUAACACGUCUUUGCUAUCGGAUCUGCUACUCGAUUUGAUUGGUAUCGCCAUUCAGAACAACAAUAACACUCUUCUGAAAUAUCUUCUCAGUACUCAAUCCGUAAAAGAAAAUCUGAACCUGGCUGAUCAAUUCCUGGCAGCUAUUCAAUACCGCAAUUUUGAUGCUCUUAAAAUCAUUCUUGAAUACGAUCCACUCUCGGCACAAACUUUUAACCCUAAUAGACAUUACUGCGCACAUCACAUCGCAGUCCAAGCCUUGAACCAGUGCACAAAAAAGAACAUCAAGAACCAUUCUGAGCGAAUUUUCAAUCUGCUCAAAACUCUCAACGUCGAUCCCUGCUACAAAGGCAACGAUGGAAUAACCCCGCUGCAUAUGGCAGUAACUCUCUGCAAUCUGUACUUAGUUCGUCAGUUAAGUCUGCUGGGACCUUCGGCCAUUAACGAACCGGACGCCAUAGGUCGGACUCCGCUGAUUUGCGCACUCAUCUCCGGAAACCUACCGAUCGUUCGGCACCUAGUGGAACAAGGAGCUCACGUGGAAGAUCUCGGUACGUUUAGGCAUUCGAUGGCUUUUAACGCGCCUCCGAUAACCCACUUCCUCGACAAAAACAUCGAAUGCCUCGAGUAUGCCGUCCGUACACUGCAUCUCGAUCUAGAGCUCCGAGACUCUUUCGGGUGCACCCUACUUCACGAACUUUGUCGAGCGGACAAUGCGGUGUUCGUGGAAUUUUUGCUGGAGCAGUGUCAGGCCAAAAUGGACGUUCGGAAUCACAACGGUGAAACGGUGCUGCAUCAUGCGAUUCGCAACAACAGCGUGGCCGUUUUGGAUUAUCUUCUGAAAAGGGGUGACCGCUCAAGUCUGCUAGAACAAGUCAAUCGACAGGGCGAAACGGCGCUGAUGCUGGCGAUAGCUACUCCUGGAAGGAUGCCCAUGGCUGUCAAGCUGGUCAUGGCUGGUGCAUCGAAGGAUCAACUGCUGAAAAUGAUUGCCGGGAAAUGCGUAGCUGCAAUGCAGCAUUUAAAACAGUGAUUUUAAUAUAUCUUACUAUUUUUCUAUUUAGAUAUUAUUUAAGUAUUUUUUUUAAAUAUAUACUCCAACCCUUGUAAUGAGUUUUUAUUUACCAUAUUUAUAUAUACAUGUCGUAAUUCAUAAAUAU